CCGACGCGCCUCCUCCAUGGGGCCGGGCUGAGCCUCCCGCGAGCGGCGGAUGGAGGGUCCGGCGGAGCUGGGCCCCGAGGUGGUGCUGCGGUUCCUAGCGGAGCGCGGGGGCCGGGCCCAGCACGCCGAGCUGCUGCAGCACUUCAGGGACGCCCUGGGCGGCCCGCCGGAGCAGCGCGCCCGCGCCCGCGCCCGCUUCAAGGAGCUGGUCAACGCCGUGGCCACCGUUCGCACCGACCCCGCCGACGGCGUCAAGUUCGUGCAGCUCAAGAAGCGGUUCUGCACGGGGUCCCCUCCGUGUGAGGACGCGCCCCCCCGUGACCCUCCCCGGAUCCAGGUGACCGCCGAGCCCGCGGAGGGCGGACGGCGCCUGGAGGAGGCGUAUCCUGGGGACGGCGAGCCGAGCCCCGAGACGCGUGCGGCCCCGGCCCGCGGCGGCCCCCACGGGAAAGCCUCGGGGCGCGAGGUCCAGGCCCUCCCGUCCGCGCCGCUGGCCGUCGCGCCUGCCGAGGACCCGGAGGCCCCUCCGCACGGCGGCGAUCAGGCGGAUGGGAGCAGCUCUCCCGGGGGUCCCCCGACUCCGAGGUCUGCCCGCCAGAACUUCCGGGACUUGGUGAUGGGGAGCUCCCCGCAGCUCGUGAGGAGUGUGGGUCCUGGGGGCAGCAGCCCUGGGAGCUCAUCCGGGGGAGGUCGCGGCCGAGCGGGGGGAGACUCGGAUAGCGCGUCGGUGGCUUCGUCCUCCGCCGAGGAGGACGGCAGCGCUGGGGGCUCGGUGACGCUGGACCCCCUGGAGCACGCAUGGAUGCUUUCGGCUUCGGAUGGCAAGUGGGACAGCCUAGAGGGGUUGCUCACCUGUGAGCCCGGCCUGCUGGCGAAGCGGGACUUCAUCACGGGUUUUAACUGUCUACACUGGGCUGCCAAACACGGCAAGCAGGAGCUCCUGGCCAUGUUGGUCAACUUUGCCAACAAACACCAGCUGCCGGUGAACAUCAACGCCAGGUCCAGUGGGGGCUACACAGCCCUUCAUUUGGCAGCCAUGCACGGGCACAUAGAGGUGGUGAAGUUACUGGUGGGCGCCUACGACGCAGAUGUGGACAUCAGGGACUACAGCGGGAAAAAGGCUUCUCAUUACCUUAGUCAGAGCAUCGGGGAAGAAAUCAAGAACCUGGUUGGAGCCCUGGAUGAGGAAGACGGGGAGAGCGCCCCCGGUAGCGGGGGUGGGCGCUGGAGGCUUUCUAAGGUGCUCCCAUCACACCUCAUCACAUACAAACUCUCCCAUGUCCCCGAGGAUGGGCCCGAUCACCACCACCAUCAUCUGGCUGAAGGAUGGGCAGGAAGUAAAACAAAAGAACCAAGUCGUAAAGCUUUUGGCAGUUCUAGUGGACGGAUUAAACCCCGACUCAACAAAAUUCGCUUCAGAACCCAAAUCAUUCAUACCACCCCAUCUGUCAGGGAUGCCGAGCAGCCACUGGAGGAGGGAGAGGAGGAGGAAGAGGAGGAUCGGCCUCUUAAAGGCCACUCAUCCUCCUUCAAAUUGAGACCAAAGUCUAAUGUAUUUGGGUAAAAAUAAUUACUGCUUGAAAUGCUAAGAUUUACUUACCUGAGUUCUCAGGAUUUGUUUUCGUGAUUCAUCAUACUUUGAUCUGUGCCUCAUCCCAGCUCCACCCUUGAGACCUGGACGUUGUUUGAACUAGAAUUGAUAAUUGAGUGUCUUUCCUGUUUUAACCAUUACUGGAUACCAUGCAAAGUAAGGAAUACUGCACUUUUAUAUGUCUGUUUUUCUAAGUGAUUACUCUUCCAAGGCUGUCAAAAACGCAAAGUGUAAUAAUGAAACUGGUGGUAUUUGUAAAUGUGAACAAAACUUAAAGGCUGCUCGUGUCUUACUAAUUGCAUUUGCUUUCUAAGGUACUACUGAAGGUCAGUCUUGAGUUGAAAUGCAAAAAUACUAGGGAGAAUAAUGUGAAUUAAAAUGGGAGUCUUACAGGUAUUUUAUUUGUAUUAUAAGUAGCAGUUCACUUUUUAAAAAAUCAUUCCGGUUUUAAUUACUGAACUGAAUAAGCAACAUUUGCUUUUGAGUUGCUGUUGUUUGGUUUGCACCUAUGUAGCACCACUGCACUCUGGAUUAUGGCAAAUUAUGCAAAUUUUUAUUUAAGGAGAAAAACACAGCAUCAGAUGGUACUUUUUAAACAAUAAAAUUGGCAUUUUGUUAAUUGUCACUAACUUGUUUUGCUACUUUUAGAUGUAACAUUUUUGGAAUUUUUGUUCUAGGGAACAUAUAAAUAUGGGUUCUAUUUGGUGUGACUCUUAGGUGCUUAGACAGAAUUUAUUACUUAAAUCUUUCAUUGUAUAGACAAUUAGCCAAAGUCAACUUAAGUAUAAAUAAGCAUGUGUUUCUGUGGUGGUUAGACAGGCAUUAGCAGGCUUGGAGGCCAUUGAGGUUGAACCUUUCAUGAUCACUUUGGACCCUAUUUCCUCUCCCUGUAAAGGGAGGAGAUGGAGUAUCUGCCUUGUUGAGGGAAAAGUUCUUCCUCCUGGUCAUAAGAAUAGAAUUUGAGUUUUGAGGUUCUGAGCUACCCCAGACAUAAUUGUCUCCUCCCUUAAGAGUUAACCUGUCUGAGCCUGCCCAUCACCUCACUGGCCAGAGAACACCUCUCACCUAAAGAUGUGGGAAGUAUAAUUCCCUCCUUAAUCAGAUUAUGUAUUUAAACUAACAGAAGUCAUGCCUUCAUUGCAAAUGCUUGCAGAUCCUCAUUGCUGAGCCUGCCCACUUUCUGAAUUCUAACUCAAACAGCCAACUUUCCCAUUUCUCCUUUGCUAUCUCCUUGGGUCAUUGCCAAAAUCCUAUGCAGGCUUACCCAGACACUCUGUGUUUUCCAUUUCUCUCAAGACUAUUCCCCACCACCACCUCUACCCUUGCCCUUCAUGUAGUGGCUGUCCUCCUCCAUUACUGAACCUACCUGCUUUCUUUAUCCUAAGGCAAAAGGCAUGACUUGACUUUCUUACUUUAUCCUAUCUCCCUCCUCCUCCCAGCAGCUACUGAGAUUAACUGCUUUCUUUCCCUAGGGUUUUUUUUUUUUCUUUUCCUCAAGUGCUAUUAAAAUUGUCUUUGAGCUUGCUUCUGAGUCUGUUCCUAAAUUUAAGACCAAGAACCCAUUGAAAGGGAACCCCUGUUCCCUAGUAACACUUCUAUGAAGUAAUUAUUAAAUCAGUGAUUCUCAUCUAAGAGAUUUUUUUUUUUAUUGUGUGGUCUAUGCUUUGUAGCAACAUUUUUCAAAUGUUCCAAGGGCUAAAUCUUACAAUUUUCCUGUUUUUUUUUUUUUUUUCUUGUUUGUUUGGUUGGUUUUUUUGGCAUCUACUCAAGGAGCUAUGAUGUUACUGAAAAGCUGGGUAAUCUGCCCUUUUAAAAUGGCACUUUAUAAAAAGAAAAGGGAAAGAGAAUGGGACUAUGUAUUUCAGUGCUGCUAGCUAUUGAAUUCACUUGUGCAUAAAUGAAACACAGUUCAUUGAAAUUAAAAACUUAUAUCAGUGUGAUUCUUAAUUACAUUCCAUUCAUUUGUGUUAGAGUAAAUGACUUUAUAAUUACUUUAAAUUCAACUCAUGAGCAUAUUAAACCUUGUGAAAAGGCUAGAAAUUUGUGUGGAGGACUAAUUUGACCAAGUCCUUGUUAGUUUUUUGACUGUAAUUUCUGAAACCUAAAUUCCUGCAACCUGCAGGAUAGAGGAGUGGAAAGCCUACAGAGUGAAGGAGCCUAUGCAUGGAUAAGCACAGAGCUGCAGCAUGCUGGUUGAUCUUUAACUCCUUCUUGUUACAGAGAUGUGUAAUGAGUUUGCCACAUGGUAAAGAUAUUCAUGUACAAUAUAUAAGCUAUUAUCCAUUUGUGUGCCUUUACCAUUGUUUUAGGAUUUGGGAAGUGGACUGUGUAUGUUUGAGAAGUACUUGUUUCUGUUUAUGUGGGUGAAAAAAAAAUCUGAUUGUGUGUUACUUGAGGGUGAAGAGUAGUCAUUUGUUUCAAGUCUAUACAUGUUUCCUAUGUCUAGUGCAGAAUACAGCCUAUCAUUGACAGAUUUUAAAUUCCAUAAUAUGCAGAGCUAAACAACUACAAGCAGAUGCUUCAGAACCAUGAUGUUCUGUUGAACAAUGAUUAUUAAUCUUUUCACAUGUAUCUUAGUAACUAACCACAAAAUUGGCAGUUUGCUUGAUGUAUACAAGUAGUAAAUACAUCUGUUUUUCAAAGUAAUGGCUAACUUUUCUGAUAAAACAAUAUUUUAAACUUUGCAAAAGUCAUUCCUGCGGGAACUCAAACAUUCCUUGUGAUGCAAUACAUGUAGCAUUUGCAGCUGCUUAAGUCUCCAUUCCUCUUAUUUUUGAAUUUCCAAAUCAAGAUUAUAAAAAUUGACUUGUUUGAUUUGUUAUUCAUAAAGUUGUACGUACCAUCGAUGGAAAUGCCUAUGUCAAACUCUGGUGUUUAUAGAUAGGAGACUAGUUUAUAAACAAGUGUGCUCAUGUGUUUCUUACAGGUACAAUUGUAACUAGUGAAUGUUUGUCACAAUUUACCUUUAUUGUAUAUGAAAUACAGUUAAUCUGGUAUGAGUUUAUGGUACCUGAACUGUUAGAGUCUAAGAUACCUUUUGUUUUUUAAGUAAGUGAAAGUUUGGGAAUUUAAGAAUAGAAUCUGUAAAAUUCAUCAAAAUAAAAAAAAUCACACUAGAAAUCGA